CCGAGGGUCCCGGCCGGCGCCAUGCCGCUGAGUUCAGCCCGGGCCCUGCCUGUAGCCCAGCAGCCAUGGAGGAGGUGAGGUAGCCCCGUCUGGGGAGCCCAGCUCCAUGGAGACGAAGUACAAGGAUGAAUUGUUUCGGAAGUAUGUGCAGUUCCACGAGGGCCACGUGGAUGCCGGGCCCAGCCAGCAGCGGCCGGGCAGCGAUGAGUUCCUGCGCGUGGCGGCCUCUACCCUGCUCAGCCUCUACAAGGUGGAUCCCUUUUAUCGAUUCCGGCUGAUCCAGUUCUAUGAGGUGGUGGAGAGCGCGCUGCGCUCUCUGAGCGGCUCCAGCCUGCGGGCUCUGCACUGCGCCUUCAGUGUGCUGGAGACAGUGGGCGUCAACCUCUUCCUGUACCCCUGGAAGAAGGAGUUCCGAAGCAUCAAGACAUACACGGGCCCUUUUGUUUACUACGUCAAGUCUGCUCUGCUGGAUGAGGACGUGCGGACCAUCCUGAGUUACAUGGGCUAUGUGCCCGAGCUGGGGAGCGCGUACAAGCUCCGGGAGCUCGUGGAGAGCCUGCAGGUGAAGAUGGUCUCCUUCGAGCUCUUUCUGGCCAAGGUUGAGUGUGAGCAGAUGCUGGAGAUCCACUCGCAGGUAAAGGACAAGGGCUACUCUGAGCUGGACGUGGUGGGCGAGCGCAAAAGCAGCGGGGAAGACGCGCGCAGCUGCUCGGAGGCCCUGCGGCGGCGGGCGGAGGGCAGGGAGCAGCUGACCGCCUCCAUGGCGCGGGUGGCGCUCCAGAAGUCAGCCAGCGAGCGCGCGGCCAAGGACUACUAUAAGCCCCGCGUGACCAAGGCCUCCCGGUCGGUGGACGCGUACGACAGCUGCUGGGAGAGCCGGAGGCCGCCCCUCAAGGCCUCGCUGAGCCUGCGCAAGGAGCCCGCGGCCACAGAUGUGGGCGACGACCCGAAGGACGAGUUCACCCGCCCAUCCCCCUCCCCCCUGGCCAUGUCCAGCUCCCCCCAUGGCAGCCCGGGUGCCAUGCCCCCCGCCUCGCCCAGCAACGGCCUCGGCCUGCUGCGCGGCACCUACUUCUCCACCCAGGAGGAUGUCGAUCUGUACACAGACUCGGAGCCCAGGGCCACCUAUCGGAGGCAGGAUGCCCUGCGGCCCGAUGUAUGGCUGGUCAGGAGUGACGGCCCGGCCCUCUACCACAAGCGCUCGCCCCCCACCAAAGAGUCCGUCCUGUCCAAGUGCCAGAACUGCGGCCUGCCCUGCAGCUCCUCCCUCUGCCAGCGCUGCGACAGCCUGCUCGCCUGUCCUCCGGCUGCCAAGCCCGGCGCCUUCCCCGGGAAGGCCUCUGCCCAUGACGGCCUGGCCCUCGGGGCCCCGCUGCGGGAGAAGUACGCCGGCCAGACCCAGGCCCCACACGCCAAGCCCAAGCCCGCCGCCGCCGCCACCACCACCUCGCGCUGUGGGUUCUGCAACCGCCCUGGCGCUGCCAACACCUGCACCCAGUGCUCCAAAGUGGCCUGCGAGGGCUGCCUCAGCGCCUACCACUACGACCCCUGCUGCAAGAAGGGGGAGCUGCACAAGUUCCUGCCCAACAGCCAGCUGAGCUACAAGACCGCCCCGUUCUCCCACCUGGUCUACAGGUAGACCCGCGCCGCGCCACGCCACGCCGCGCCUCCCCAAGGGCUACGCCACCCGCGGCAGCAUCACCACCGCAGACCACGCCCGGCCACAGCCACGCGGGCGCCAUGGCCACCGGCCGCCCACCUGCCACUUCACGGCCACUCUCAUCUCGCCCAGUGGCUGCUUUGUCAUGUGGCAAGGGAGUGGGUGGCACUUCCGUUCAGUUGAGUUUUGCUAAUCUCUCCACUUCCUGUUGCGCUGGUUUGGUUUGUCUCCUGGAGGGGGUCUCUAUCUGCGGGACACCGCCCUCUCCCCUGGAGCCCCUCCCCCCACACACAUACACAGUGGUGAGCUAGAGCCCUGUCGGCUUGCGAAAUGAGCCCUCCGGCCACACGGGCCCAUGGCUCCUCUGGCCAUCCUGUUCCUCUCUGGCCAUCCUAUUCCAGGUGCAGGGGUCCCCAUGCAGACCCCGCCUCUCCAGGGGUCGAAGGUGAGCCAGGCUCUGACACACUGCAGAGGGGACCCCCAGCACCGACCCCAUUCUGUUUGCACACGCCCCUCUUCCUGUUCUGUAAAUAGAUAUUUUUUGAGAUUUAUUUUUAAAUAAAUAUUCAACUUGCUGUG